UGAUGGAAGUGAAAGAGGAAAGUCAAGCUGAAGUGGAUGAAAAACAUCAGAUUGUAAAAAUAAACCAUAAUGUUUCACAGAAAGAAACUCUGAAGACAGAAGACAUAAAGUGUGAAAAUAGUUUCAGUGAAGAUGAACGCCCUGCAGAUCACAAGAGGACUCGCAGUGAGAAGAAACCUUUAACAUGUCAACAGUGUGGAAAGAGUUUCGGAAGAAAAACUCACCUUAAAGCACACAUGAAGAUUCACACUGGAGAGAAACCAUUCACAUGCCAACAGUGUGAAAAGAAUUUCAUAAGCAAAGCUUACCUUAACUUGCAUGUGAGGGUUCACACUGGAGAGAAACCUUUCACAUGUCAACAGUGUGGAAAGAGUUUCACCUUUCGAACAAACCUUAACCGCCACAUGAAAACUCACAUUGGGGAAAAGCCACACGCAUGUCUUCAGUGUGAAAAGAGUUUCAUAGAUAAAAGUCAACUUAUGAAACACAUAAGAGUUCACACUGGAGAGAAACCUUUCACGUGUCAACAGUGUGGAAAGAGUUUUUCUAUUGAAGGUAACCUUAAGAUACACGCAAGAAUUCACACUGGAGAGAGAGUGUUCACAUGCCAUGAGUGUGAAAAAUGUUUCAGAAGUAAGAGUACCCUUACAGCACACAUGACAAUUCACAAAGGAGAGAAACCAUACAUGUGUUUUCAGUGUGGAAAGUGUUUCAGUAUGGAGUGUCACCUUAAGAGACACAUGAUAACUCACAGUGAAAAGAAACCUCACGCAUGUCUUCAGUGUGAAAAGAGUUUCGUAGAUAAACGUGGACUUGAGAUUCACAUGAGAGGUCACAGUGGAGUGAAACCUUACAUAUGCUCCCAGUGUGAAAAGAGUUAUACAAGUGUAAGCGCUAUUAAGAAACACAUGAGGUCUCACACUGGAGAGAAACCUUUCACGUGUCUUCAGUGUGAAAAGAGUUUCAUCGAUAAACGUGUACUUAAAACUCACAUGAUCACUCACACUAAAGAGAAACCUUUCACAUGCCAUGAGUGUAAAAAGAGUUUCAAAACAAAAGCUAACCUUAAAAAACACGCAAGAUUUCACACUCAAUAGAAACCAUUCACGUUUCAACAGAGUGGAUAUGGCUACAAAGUUUAUAAAUCAGCUGAGGUCUUAUUAAUAAAACUGUUUGUAGGAUCCUUACUUAAAGAGCCACACAGAUCCAAAAUCGAAAAUGACCUGUAUUGCAGUGUGUCUUGUAGCUGUCCAUCAAUGUAAACAAUGUGCAAAGUAGUUGAACCAAAAAGUAAAUGAUUAAUAAAGUUAUUGGCAUCUAAAGUAGGGAGUCGACUCUGAAUCGCUGAAACGAGUAUGAAACGCUGAAAUGAUAUGGAUUGAAUCUCCUGCCUGACUUUAUCCAUGUAAUACCGUAAUGGUUCAGUACCCACUUUAUUUGAAACAACAUGCAUCUCCUAACCAGGACCUCUGCAGAGACCGCCAAGCAGGAAGUGCACUUUACGCUCCUGGUCUGCAAGUGGUGGUGUGGCGCUGAGAACCUGGCUUGCAACUGCCACCAAACCCAACAAGAACAUCGUGCUUGUGUUGGCUAGAGGCUUGACGCUUAAUAAUUGUCAAAUACAUUACAUUCAAGAUGCCAGUAAGUCACCAGGAUUCACAAGGAUUACAUCUGCUUUUGAGUUCUCAAAGUUGUGGAUAUAUUGACUUGCAUUAAAUGACAGGGCACUGGGGUUUUUGCUGUGCUGCUUUAUUUUUCUACUGAUGAAAAAGUCACCAACAUGUCGCAUAGCCUGAUGAUCAGUAAAUAAACUUGAUAU